UUCACGCCGAGUGGUUGCUGCCACCAUCAAGCGAUCAAUAAUGCACAUUGCUGGCGACAUCCGUCCACAGCAAUGGCGUAAAAUGAUGAAACAAAUGAGACACGGACACGUCAGAUAAACACUAGCGGGUUUGUGAAACUAUGGAGAGUUUGACCUUUGUAUGGAUGUUGCUGACCCUAGCUUUGGACACAGCUGCUGAUGGCGGAUACGAGUGCCCCCGGGUGACCUACAAACAAAGUAACUACGGAUUUAUUUACAAAGUGAGGACCUAUAUCCAUUGUGAGCACGGCUGCUGUGGGUCCAGGGGAGACUACUGUUGUACGCCCCCUUUACAUGUAACUACCACGGAGAAGCCUACCUACAAUGACAAUGUGAGUUUGUACCUCGGAGUGAUAUCUGGGACCAUUGUGGCGAUCGUGUGUAUUAUCUCCAUCACGUGCUGCGUCCUCAGUAAGUACAAUAAGAAGAACGUCACAGUAGGAGCGGAUCCAAGCCGGGUGGAUGUACCCCGACCCCGUGUUUUAACAGUUCAGGAUCUGGAAAACCGAACGAUGUCACCACCGCCAGCGUACGAACAUGCGGCUUCAGCGCCACCUUACACUUCCGUUAGGUACACCAGGAACAGUGGAAAGGUGUUCACGUCCAGAACGUGAUAACAUACCUACAAUUACUCACUUUCAAAACCGGAGAUCAAAUUAUAUCUUAUUACAGUAUUUAUAUUUUUUAAAUCAGUUUGCUUUACAUUGUUGUUCACUUGGGUUUAUAUUUUCAUGAAUUAAAUUAUGUAUUCAUUUUACGACUAGAGAAAGUUCCCAUCAAUGGUUUUAACAACUCUUGUGCAAAUACAGUGUGGGGUAUUUAAAUUUUUAUUCUUUUUUCAACGGUUCAAUCAACAUACAUGCAGUAAACAUCAUUGAAUAAAGGUAUUGUACAGAGAGAGAGAGAGAGAGAGAGAGAGAGAGAGAGAGAGAGAGAGAGAGGGUUACUGAGAUAUUUCUAUAUAUAAUUUAUCACGGCUUUAUAUUUAGAGAGAGAGAGAGAGAGAGAGAGAGAGAUUAACCAUACUAUAACAAGUAGAUGUAUACUUAGGAAUAUUUAAUAACGUGAUCUUCAAGGGCAAAAAUCAAUGAUUAACAUGAUCAUUAAAGGUAAUUCACUUUACUUCCUCAAUGUUAGGAUAUGGACCAACAAAAGAAGAUAAGAUAGAUUUCUCUACACUGUGAGGCUAAAAGAGGCUUUGUUCCUUAGAAUAAGAUGUUAAAGUUUCAAAAGAAUUGAAUAUGAGGGAAAAAAAUGUAAUAAUAUCACAUGCUAUUCAUUAUAUUUUUAAAGGUACACAUAGCUAGAUAAAUAUAGGCGUAAAACACGACAGCAGAAAUCAUCACAUGAUGUAAUUUUGUUAACGUAUAAUGAGAGAGGGAUUGAUACAAGCACUUGUUUCCCAAUUUCAACAAUUCCAAUGAUAUGUAUUUAAUCAUGUUCUUGUUUUUGAAAUAAAUACAGUUUAAAAUGAAA